AGGAGGAUUUGGCAAAAACCACCAACUCUUUCAUCUCAAGUGUUACUUUAGAAGUUUGUGCAUGCCAAAAAAAACCCAGCAACCAUCGAUGUGAAGAACGUUGGGUGAAGCAUCCAUCUACCGUGACUGGCUCGAUUAUCACGUGAAAUGGGUCUAAUCCCUGAUCCGCCGUAAGCAAAAGUGCCUAGAUCGAGGAGCAUUAUCCUUGGUUGGAGAACAUUCUCCCAUUUCGGCUCUCAACCUUUCUCAAACUAAGUGAUGGCUUCGGCCUUGGAUUGAAAUCCUUAUGCCUCAUUUCCUCUGUGAGUGGUGCAGUGAUUUUAAAUGGGUUCAACCCAAAUAACACCAGGGGAUUCAAGCCGGCAGACUAAAUCGAAAAAAAAAAUGUCUAAAUAAACAAUUGAAUGAAUGCAAGCCAACUGAAGAACGGAUAAGCAGAGUUGGCCAUACUUUCCUGGCUGAAAGUCAUCCGAAGUCUUUACUGUUAUGGGUGUGCUUUGAAUUUAAUGGUGAAACGACCGACUCGGCGAGUUAGUUGGCUCAAGAGUGAGGAGUGUCACCGUCCUCCACAUCUCCUUCCGUCUUAGGUCGUCGUGUUGGUGACAGGGAAUUUAAGUGCAAAAAGGUUCCCUCUCUCGAUCGAGGCUGUUUCCACACACCGGUGUAGACUGUAUAGUGUGGUAUCUAUUACCCUUCUCUCCAUCUCUAUCCAUCUAUCUAUCUAUCUAUUUAGUGCGGCCGAGUUUCUUUACUCAACCUUCUUCUUGCCUUUUCCCCCACCGCUUUUGCUGAGCCCCCGACCGCCAGAAGCGAGAAGCUUCUCACUCACUCACUCACUCACUCGUUCUCUUCUCACCCGUUUGUGCGUACGAACAGCUCAACGAACGAAGGAACGAACGAAGAACGAACGAAAAUAGAGAGAAGAAGAAGGCAAUUCGGGAACGUUGAAGCGUCGAGGGGUUGUUGGUUGGGUGGUAAAGCACUCGGUGGAUGGAGUUCAGUGGGCUCGAAUUGGUUGGCUGUGUGGCCGAUGAGCGGAUGGGUCCAGGGGUGAGUGAGUCCACACUCGCCGGCUUCAUUUCGUGUGCAUGAGUGUGGGUAUGUGUUUCAGAGGUUCACUCUCCCCGCAGCUCCCUCAUUCCCCGAGCAAGGACGGAGGACUUCGUUACCCAGAAUGAUAGCCGAGGAACCCUCUUUUCUUGAUCUCGUUCUGUUUUGUUGAUAGUUCUUCUCUGCAUUUUUGCUCUUGAGCACCGCAGACCCACUCCCGACCAAUUCCCAAGUACUUGGCCGCAUGUUGUCGUGUUAGUCAGUCCCUUCUCGAUCGCGCAUCGCCAAUGUCGAGCUCUACGUUUCCGACGAGGAUGCCUCCAUGCACUUCCUAGGACGGAACCGAGUUCAUAGACCAAGUUCGAACACAGUUGUCCAAUCGAUUCCAAACCAUCACUUCAAGACGUGUGGUUCCAUCGAAUGUGCCAUUUCACGUCAACAUGACGGUUCGAAUCCUAUCCGUUAGGGUCAACCUUGGAUUUGCAUUGUUGGGGUCGUUGCUGAUUCCGUGGUGUUCAGCCUUCUCACCCUCGGUUCUGCUCGACUCCUACUCAGGCCGAGAAAUGGUUCUGGAUCCCUGCUUUAGUGACAAACACAAACGUCCCACUUCGUGUGUCCCGGAUUUUGUGAACGCCGCAUUUGGUGUUCGAGUCGAGACCGCGGCGACUUGCGGGUCACACCUGAGCGAGUACUGCUCCAAAGGAGCCAAUGGGCGCCUCAAUUGCCACAAGUGUCAUGCGAAAAGCAAGGAAGCCGCCGAGUUCCUCACUGACCUUCACAAUCCCAACAACGAAACAUGUUGGCUCUCGGACAUGAACCCCACUGAGAAUGUCAGUCUGACCGUCUCAUUGAAGAAGAAGUUCGAGCUCACCUACAUAUCCCUCCAUUUCUGCAGUGACAAGCCCAAAACAAUGGUGAUCUACAAAAGCAUGGACCACGGCAAAUCAUGGCAACCGUUCCAGUACUAUUCUGAAGAUUGCCUCGGCACAUUUCAGCAGAAGGAGAAUGUCCAAAUCACACGAGCCAACGAGCAGGAGGCUCUCUGUGUCAAAGCCCAUUUGGACGAAGAUUCCGGCACUCGAAUUGCCUUUUCAACUUUGGCUGACCGACCCAGCGCAGAAGAUUUCGAGCACAGCCCAGUUCUGCAGGAUUGGGUGACUGCCACAGACAUUCGUAUUGUGUUCCCAUAUGUUCCCAAACCUGCAUCGCGAUCCUUGGGAACCAGAUCCCUGGAGUCCACACUCUAUAUCAAUAACAUUUCCAUGCCGGAUCGCCCCAAAGGAGAUUGGUCGCUGAACUCCGGCAUGAAGGAAUGGGUGGGGAUCUCCGAUUUGGCCAUUGGUGGGCGUUGUAAGUGCAAUGGACACGCCUCCGAAUGCAAAUUGGACCCCAACACUGGAGAUAUGGCUUGCCAAUGUAAACAUAAUACGGACGGAAAGGAAUGCGAAAAAUGCAAAGAAUUUCAUUUCGAUCGCCCUUGGGGCCGAGCCACCUCUUUAGGGGCCAAUGAGUGUGUUCCGUGUCAAUGCAACAACCACGCCAGACGGUGUCGAUUCAACAUGGAACUCUACCAACUUUCCGGAGGAGUCUCAGGAGGGGUUUGCCUCAAGUGUCGCCAUAACACAGCUGGUCGUCAUUGCCAUUACUGCAAAGAGGGUUAUUUCCGAAAUCCCAAAAAGCCCAUAUCCCACAGGAGAGCUUGCGAGUCCUGUAAUUGCCAUCCUGUGGGGGCGUCUGGCAAGAUCUGUAACCAAACCAAUGGCCAAUGCCCCUGCAAAGAUGGUGUCACGGGUCGGGAAUGUAAUCGGUGUGCUCGAGGAUACCAGCAAAGUGGAUCUCCUAUCGCUCCUUGCAUCAAAGUGCCCAACACCAUUCGUUCCUUGGGACGAACCCGACAUAAUGAGCACAAGAAAAACGAUGAUCCCGAUCCUGGUCCCAGUUAUGGCGAGCGCUACCAGAGUCCCUCGGAUGAUGAGUGUGCCGUGGCGGCAGAUGAGUGUCACAGCACCUCCAAACGCAUCCAGAUGCGCAAGUAUUGCAGUAUGGAUUCUGUUUAUCUGAUUACCGUUCUCGAGAAGGAGCACGUAGAUGAGAAAUGGACCACAUUUCGGGUUCAUGUCGAUAAGAGGUACAAGAAACCCUCGAGAGGCCCUCGACUCCACAGGGGCCAAGAGACGACUCUGUGGGUAAAGACGAGGAAUUUGCGGUGCCGCUGCCCUCGCAUCGAGGAGAACGCCUCAUUUCUCAUCUUUGAUGAGGCCGACGAUGAUGAUGAUAACAAUAAUACUAAUAGUAGUAAGGACGGGGGCAAGCGUGGCACUCGACCCGGGUUUGUGGUCUCCAAGAAGACUCUCAUGAUUGAGUGGAAACGCGAAUGGAGGCGACGGAUGAAGCGCUUCAAGCGAAGGUCAAGGAAGGUGUGCUAACAAAUCAAUGCACAACAACUCCCACCGACCGCACAAUGCAAAGAAUGCCCAGAUGAUGAUCAUCAUAAAAGAAACACAAGCAUUUACAGCCACUCUAUUGUAAAUCAUCGGACUGCAUGAUGAGUCAAAUUCAAAUCCUUUGUCAUAAUUAAGAAACCCAGUUUUAGCUACUCUGGUACAUUGGGUGGAACCCUCUUUGUUGAAUGGAGAUGUUUCAUUAUCUUUCAUGUCAUAUCAAUAAACUACUAUAAUUCUAAGUA